AUGUGCACCAGUUAGCUCUUGAAGUGCCAUCAGCUGUAGCAGAAAUUCCAGAUCCCAAGACCAUAGCCAGGCAUCCCCGCUCCCAGGAACUGAAGGCCAUGGAGCUCUCUGACAGUGACCGCCCCGUCAGCUUCGGCUCCACGUCGUCCUCCGCCUCUUCCAGGGACAGCCAUGGCUCCUUCGGCAGCAGAAUGACCUUAGUUUCGAACAGCCACUUGGGCUUGUUUCACCAAGAUAAGGAAGCCGGGGCCAUAAAACUGGAGCUGAUUCCGGCCAGGCCGUUUUCCAGCGGCGAGUUGCAGAGGGACAGCGCCGCCGGGCAACAACAGAACGCCGACGAGGGCGACGAAGGGCAGCCCCGGGCCCAGCGCAGAAUGGAGGCCAACGGGGCGACCCAGCCGGGUGCGGAGUCGGCCACCAGCCCCAAGCUCCUCUAUGUGGAUAGGGUUGUCCAGGAAAUUCUGGAGACCGAAAGGACUUACGUGCAAGACUUGAAAAGCAUCGUAGAGGAUUACCUUGACUGCAUCAGGGACCAAACAAAACUUCCGCUGGGGACAGAAGAAAGAUCAGCCCUCUUUGGAAACAUACAGGAUAUCUACCACUUCAAUAGUGAACUUCUACAAGAUUUGGAAAACUGUGAAAACGAUCCUGUGGCCAUAGCAGAAUGUUUUGUGUCCAAGAGUGAAGAGUUCCACAUUUACACGCAGUACUGCACUAACUAUCCAAGAUCAGUGGCUGUGCUAACAGAGUGCCUGCGGAACAAGAUGCUGGCCAAAUUCUUCAGGGAACGUCAGGAAACUUUGAAACACUCACUGCCUCUGGGCUCCUAUCUCUUGAAACCAGUUCAACGGAUUCUCAAGUAUCAUCUCCUUUUGCAUGAAAUAGAAAAUCACCUUGACAAGGACACAGAAGGCUAUGAUGUGGUGCUUGAUGCUAUUGACACGAUGCAGCGAGUGGCCUGGCACAUCAAUGACAUGAAGAGGAAACAUGAACACGCGGUCCGGCUACAGGAGAUACAGAGUCUGCUCACUAACUGGAAAGGGCCAGACCUGACCAGCUAUGGGGAACUGGUGCUCGAAGGGACCUUUCGCAUCCAGCGGGCCAAGAAUGAGCGGACGCUCUUCCUCUUUGACAAGCUGCUUCUGAUCACAAAGAAGAGAGACGACACGUUUACGUACAAAGCUCAUAUCCUGUGUGGCAACCUCAUGCUCGUGGAAGUGAUACCAAAGGAGCCUCUCAGCUUCAGCGUCUUCCACUAUAAGAACCCCAAGCUGCAGCACACGGUUCAGGCCAAAUCCCAGCAAGACAAGCGCCUGUGGGUUCUGCACCUGAAGAGACUGAUCCUGGAGAACCAUGCGGCAAAAAUUCCAGCUAAGGCCAAGCAAGCAAUACUUGAAAUGGAUGCCAUUCACUAUCCCGGCUUCUGUUACAGUCCCGAGGGAGAGACUAAAGCAUUUUGUGGUUCUCGAGACGGUUCUGCUCCAUAUCGGCCGAGAAGAAAAUCUGAACCUUCCUCAAGAUCACAUAAAGUCUUGAAGACCAGUGAAACAGCACAAGACAUCCAAAAGGUCUCCAGAGAGGAAGGGUCUCCCCCGCGGACCUCAACGGGACCAUCUCCCGCACAGAGGAACAGUCAGCCGAGCACUUCUGCCAUUAUCAGCGUGCUUCGUGGGGGAGGAGCCAUCAGAAACAUCUGGACGGACCACCAGAUCAGACAAGCCUUGUUUCCUAGCCGUCGGUCCCCUCAGGAGAAUGAGGAUGGUGAAGAUGACUAUCAGAUGUUCGUGCCCUCUUUCUCCUCCUCGGAUCUGAACUCUGCCAGACUGUGUGAAGACGGCACUUCCAGUCGCCCUUGCAGUUGGCACAUGGGACAGAUUGAAUCCACAGAAGCCACCGGCUCUGGCCACCGGGUUGUCAGGCGGGCCAGUAGCGCUGGCGAGAGCAACACGUGUCCCCCCGAAAUAAGAAUUCGGGACGGUGGUGGCUCUCAGUAUAGCCCCCGAAGGGAACUGCAGAGUGGCCCUAAAACAGAAGGGCAGGAAGGAAUGACUCCCUUUGGGUCAUCCGUAGAGUUGACUAUUGAUGACGUAGACCAUGUCUAUGACAACAUAAGUUACGAGGACUUGAAACUGAUGGUUGCCAAACGGGAAGAAGCCGAACCCACGCCCCCCAAAACAGCCAGGGACUCUGUCCGCCCCAAGAGCACCCCGGAGCUGGCCUUCUCAAAGAGGCAGGCUGACCACGAGAAGACCUCUCUGCACACGAUGAGGGACGGAGCGCCAACUGGUCGCCAGGCAUCGAACCAAAGCACACACGAACUCCAGAUGGUUGAGGAGAACAUCUAUGACACCAUAGGGCUCCCAGAUCCCCCCUCACUGGACUUCAAAUGCAGCAGCCUGAAGCGUCCCAAGAGGAGCACCUUCUUAGGUCUGGACGCCGACUUUGCAUGCUGCGACAGUCUGAGGCCCUUCGUUUCCCAGGACAGCCUCCAGUUCAGUGAGGACGAAGCCCCUUACCACCAGGGCCCCUCUGAUAAUGAUUAUUUGAGUUUGCUCUAUAACUCUUUCAGCUGUAACCUGUCCCUAGCCGAUAAAUCGAUAUCUGAUAAACUGUCUGAAGAAGUGGACGAAAUCUGGAAUGACCUGGAAAAUUACAUCAAGAAAAAUGAAGUCAAAGCUAGAGACCGGCUCCUGGCAGCAUUUCCCGUCAGCACAGAGGACAUGCCGGGCAGGCUGUACUCCGAGAGCACCCCCGAGCUGGGCAGAGAGGCGGCACGUUCCAUGUCCACGCUGUCCCUCCCGGAGGGCCACGCUUUCCUCACGCCGCUGAAAGACAGCGGCAGACGUAGCCGGGCCAACUGCCCGUUUGAGGAAGACCUGAUUUCUAAAGAAGACUCCUUUAUGAGUCUCAACCGGCUGUCUCUGGCCAGUGAAACACCUCCCAUGGAAAAUCCCUACGACUUGGCCAACAGCGGUCUGUCCCAAACAGACUUGGAAACCCCUGACCCUGGGAUGGAUGCCACAGAUAAGACAAGAAGCAGGGUUUUUAUGAUGGCCAGGCAGUACAGUCAGAAGAUCAAGAAGGCAAAUCAACUCUUAAAAGUGAGAAGCCCAGAGUUGGAGCAGCCACUGGCCGGCCAGCAACAGAAGUCCACGCACAAAGACCUGGCGGCCAUCUUAGAAGAGAAGAAGCAAGGGGGCCCUGCCAUCGGUGCCAGGAUUGCCGAGUAUUCCCAAUUGUACGACCAGAUUGUAUUCAGAGAGACCCCCUUUAAGACCCAGAAGGACGGCUGGGCCAGCCCUCGAGAACCCUCCAACCCCACGUCUGCAUCAGCUCCCCGGUCCCAACAUGGCAGCGAAGAUUGGCUUUUGCAUUCAACCUAUAGUAAUGGAGAGUUAGUGCACUUCUGUCCCCAGCCAGAGCAAGACUUGAAGUCGAAACAUCCCAUUUUAGAGAUCAACACAAAAAACAUUCCAAGACAGUUGUCCACAGCUUGCUCUGUGCCUUCUCUUCAAACCUCCGACCCUCUGCUGGGCUCCUUCCAGAGACACAGUGUGAUAGUCAGUCAGCCCAACAAAGAGAACUCUUACCAGGGCCACCUUUACAACUCUUUGGGUCGGAAAGGAAUCAGUGCUAAAUCUCAGCCUUAUAAUAGGUCCCAGUCAUCUUCCUCAAUCUUGAUAAACAAGUCCGUGGACUCCAUCAACUACCCUGGAGAAGUGGGAAAGAAACAGCUGCUGUCUUUGCACAAAAGUUCAAGGUGUGAGAGCCACCAGGAUCUGCUGCCAGGUAUGGCUGACUCGUGUCAACAGGGCACUGAAAAACGCUCCGAUCUCACGCUCCAAGACUCACAGAAGGUUCUGGUCGUCAAUAGAAAUUUGCCCUUAAGUGCUCAAAUAGCUACACAGAACUAUUUUUCCAAUUUCAAGGAGACUGAAGGAGACGAAGACGACUACGUGGAAAUCAAGUCAGAAGAAGAUGAGUCAGAGUUAGAGCUAUCUCACGGUCGUAGGAAGAAGGCUGUCCCACAGAUGACGGAUGCUGACUUUACUGAGAAGACCCGUAGCAACAACACGUCUUACUCUGUGAACAGUCCGUGCUCUCCCAAAGAGCCAAUGGGCGACCCACUUGGGAUUUCACCAUACCUGACGUCCUACGACGAUUCGGACAAACUGAAUGACUAUCUUUGGAGGGGGCCGUCUCCCAAUCAGCAAAACAUCGUCCAGUCGCUGAGGGAAAAAUUUCAAUGUCUCAGUUCCAGCAGCUUUGCCUAAGUUUCUCAGUAGAAGCUGCGCAAACCAAUGUCGUGUGAGGCUCACAGAUUACAGAUACUGAGAGGUGUUUUCUAUGUACCAGAUUAAAAACGAUUUUGUAAUAACCAGAAGUGUAAACCAUACUUUCUUUUCCAGCACAACUUUUGGAAACGGCUGACAAGCCAGCCGGAAUCGUACUGUAUAGCCAGUGUCUUCUCUGAUGCUGUGUCGUGUCUCCUGUAAGUCGAUCUUACUUGAAAAUUUUUAGGCUUUUUUUUUUUUUUUUAACCUGAUGGCCGUGAUACGUUCUCCCAUAUCCUGACAAUAGUGUCCAGACUUUAACAAAUGCCAUAAUCCUCUCCUAUUAUCCAGAACCCACAAAUAGUUUUAUUCUAGGACCCAAAGGCAGCAAGGAGGCUUUUCCGCAUGUUUGCGAAAGAGGGGAAACGAAAGCUGUUUAAAGGAUUACGUGAAUCACAUCCGGCAUUUGGGUUUCAUUUGCGACAAGACCCUAGCAAAACUUAAGCUAGAGAUCUCUCAUUGGAGGAUGAAUCUCCGGUGCCCGUUUCACUCUGUAUCCGUGAUUUCUCUAUCAGGGUCACGCUAGUGUAGAAAUUGGGUACCUAUCGUGCACCAGAAGGUAGCAAGACCAAUUUUGUAUAAGCCAAAAUCCUUACCUCUUGUUCCUGGACGAGGUCUGGAGAAUGUGCUCGCUCUUAUGUUUAUUUUUGAUGGCUGGAGUAAAAGGAAUGCCUUCCUCAAGUGCUUAAAGAAAACUCCAAGCAAGAAAAUAGAAAAGAUGGUUAUCUCCUCAUAUUACAGUUAAAGAGGGGGCGGAAAUAGAACCCUGCAUGCUAUUUCUUUGUGCAUAUCUCUACUCAACACAAAGCAAGCCAGGAGCUAAAACACAACAACACACGUUAGCGUCACCCUUUGCACAGCAAUUUUUCCUUUGUACUUUCCUGAGUUUCGUAUUCAACCAAAUGACCUCAUCCCAGCCUUGAGGAUUUCGUUGACCACGAUGAAAUGUGUUUUUUAAACUAAGCGUAACGCGAGGGCCUCUUUUCGUUGUUUGAGAGCAAAGAAUCUUUGGCUGCUAAGCUGUGACUAAAAACCUCUUUUCAUUGUCAUUAUGGUCUUCGAGU